CGUCACGUGACCGAUCCAUAGAGACGUAAACAACAUGGCCGCCAUGACUAGCACCGUUGAGGAUUUGAAGAAUGAACAAGUACCACAAUGCCUUUACUGGACUGUGGAUCAAGUUGUAGACUGGAUUGAUAACUUAGGAUUCCCAUAUUACAAGGCUUGUUUUGCAACAAACUUAAUUAAUGGACGGAAACUUGUCGAUAUUGAGGCUAAAGCUCUACCUAGUAUUGGCAUCACAGAUUUUGAACAUAUAAAGGUAAUUACAAAAAGUGUUCGUGAAAUGCUGAACCUUGAGGAGCCUGAUUGGACGAGGAGCAUUUCUCUACCUCCCCGCAAUGAACUAGGUAUGUACAUCGAGAUGAAAAGUGGAACUGGAAAGAACAUAGACAGUUUGACAUUUAACAAAUUUCUUCUGGACUACAAGGAUGCCAAGUGGCGACCGCCACUAGCAAAUCACUGUCUGAUUCUGCCACAGUGUUAAACUGUGUUGGUACAAUUGACUGGCAAUAUCACUUUCUAAGUUUAGUGAGAUACACUGAUUUUGAACCACCUUCAUCGUCAUUGUGAACAAUGAAUAUGGCAUUGGAUUGACCAAAUAUUUGUUGACAUUUAAUGUACAGAUCCCAAGAUGACCGACAGACUCAACUAUUUCAUGCAUCUGUGAAUAAGCCAAAACUUCCACUGACAGUCUCAACUAUUUCAUGCAUCUGUGAAUAAGCCAAAACUUCCUGAGAAGAAUUUUAUCCAAAUAGAUUAUAGUAUUAUAACUUAAUAAUUUCGAAAUUGAAACAGUUGACUUGAUAAGAUAUUUUCAACCCUGUUUUCAAUACAUUAGGAAACUAUUGAUGCGAUUUCUUUUAGAAGAUCAUAUGUCUCCAUGACAACAUCUUAGAUGUUGUCAUGGAGACAUAUGCUAUAAAAAUUAGAUGUUGUUAUAGAGACAUGCUAUAAAAUUAGAUGUUGUUAUAGAGACGCUGAGGACAUGCUAUAAAAUUAGAUGUUGUUAUAGAGACACUGAGGACAUUCUAUACAAAUUAGAUGUUGUUAUAGAGACACUGAGGACAUUCUAUACAAAUUAGAUGUUGUUAUAGAGACACUGAGGACAUGCUAUAAAAAUUAGAUGUUGUCAUGGAGACAUGCUAUAAAAAUUAGAUGUUGUCAUAGAGACAUGCUAUAAAAAUUAGAUGUUGUCUAAAGGUUGGAAUUUGAAGCAAUUUCAAACUUGAAUAUUAAAUUUCAAAUGUUGUAAACUAAGUAUUUCUGUUUGAAAUUGGUUAUACUUUGGAAUCAUUAUAAUCUAAAAUCUGGAAAGAUUAAAUGUUACAUUUGGUAUAAUUGUCUGAUGAAUCUACAUUGACGCAUGCAUGGCGAGUUAUAAUAAGCCGUAUACACUGGUUAAUUGCCAGAACAAAUUAAAAUAAUUGACUAAGCUUGUAUGGUCUAAAAUGGACAUCUGCUAUAGGUUUCUUAAUUACAUACUUUAUUUGUUGUCUACACUCUAUAAUAUUUCAGAUGAACCAAAAAGCUGAUUAUCAAAAGUGAAACUAAAUGGCCUUCAUGUCUAUAAAAAGGUCCUUAUAAAUCUACAAUAUAUAUCAAUGGAACUGUGGGAUGAACAUGGAUAUUGUACACAAUGAGAUUCAGUUUUGUGUGAUAGACCUAUAGUUUUCCCACCAUAAUACAUGGUCUGAGAAAAAAUAUACUUUCUUAUGAUGUCUUGUUUAGUUUAGUAAUUCUUCUAGUUUACUCAGGCAUAUUCUCUCUAUACAACCCUAUCCCCCACUAGCCCGAGUUUCCUCUGGCCCUGACACCACCUCUGGUGAAGCCCGAGUUUCCUAUGAUACCAGAGAUGGUGUCGGCCAGAGGAAACUCGGGCUAAACCCCCACCUGCUGAUACACAAUUUUUGUCAUAAGGAAACAAUGAUUGGCUCUAGAAUAAAGAUGUGGAUAUAUUUUAA